UCCGUCGGUUCCCAAGGCAACCGGGCUCAACAGUUGGAGCCCCAUGGUUGUCUGGAGGCUUCCUGGUUCCCGUUUGCCAACAUGUGCGCCGCCGAGGUGGAUCGCCACGUUGCCCAGCGAUACCUGCUCAAGCGGCGGCUCGGGAAGGGGGCCUAUGGCAUCGUGUGGAAGGCGGUGGACCGGAGGACUGGCGAGGUCGUGGCCAUCAAGAAAAUCUUUGAUGCCUUCAAGGAUAAGACGGAUGCCCAGAGGACGUUUCGGGAAAUCAUGCUUCUCCAGGAAUUUGGGGACCAUCCCAACAUCAUCCGCCUCCUGGAUGUGAUUCCGGCAGAGAACGACAGGGACAUAUACCUGGUGUUUGAGUCUAUGGACACCGACCUGAAUGCCGUCAUCUGCAAGGGCACACUGCUGAAGGACACCCACAAGCGCUACAUCUUCUACCAGCUGCUGCGGGCCACCAAGUUCAUUCACUCAGGGCGAGUCAUCCACCGGGACCAGAAGCCAUCCAAUGUUCUCCUGGAUGCCAGCUGUUUGGUGAAGCUCUGUGACUUUGGCCUGGCUCGCCCCCUGAGCGGCCUCCCUGCGGUGCCCGAGGGCCAUGCCCUGACGGAGUAUGUGGCCACGAGAUGGUACCGGGCUCCAGAGGUGUUGCUGUCUUCCAGCUGGUACACCCCCGGGGUGGACAUGUGGAGCCUGGGUUGCAUUCUGGGGGAGAUGCUGCAGGGGCGGCCCUUGUUCCCUGGCACGUCCACCCUCCACCAGCUGGAGCUCAUCCUGGAGGCCAUCCCGCCACCGUCCAAGGAGGACCUCCUGGCGCUUGGCUCUGGCUGCAACAUCUCAGUUCUGCAGCACCUGGGGUCCCGGCCCAGGCAGACACUAGAUGCCCUCCUGCCCCCCGAUACCCCUCCAGACGCCCUGGACCUCCUCUCACGACUCCUGGUGUUUGCCCCGCACAAGCGGCUCAGCGCAGCCCAGGCCCUGCAGCACCCCUACGUGCAGAGGUUCCACUGCCCGGCCGGUGAGUGGACGCUGGGGGGUGCCGUGCAGCUCCCGGUGCAGGAAGGAGCCCAGCUCUCAGCCGCCGACUAUCGCCACCGCCUCUAUAAGAUGAUCUUGGAGCGCAAGGGCCACGGCCACCUCCCGAAGGAGACGGGUCUGGGGGACAGCCCCCCAACCCCCGAGCCGGAGGCCCAGCUGCCCUUGGGCUCGCCUGCGUGGAACCCCGGAGGCCGGCCUCGGAGUAACCCCGGCCACGGCCCUGUGCACGAUGCCCCCGGCAGAGCCCAGGACCCUCCCAGGCAGAACUCAGUCCCCCUGCACCAGCCUCUGCCCCCAGGAGGUCCUGGGAGAGGGGCGAGGCCCGGCGGGGAGACGUCAUCCUUGUGGGUGAAGCCCAGCGCAAGGGAGGCGGUGCCCUCGUUGACCUCGCAGGCCGCCGCCCAGGUGGCCGUCCGGGCCCUGAUCCGGAGUGACCGGAUCCCGGACCGCGGUGCGAACGCGCCCGGCGCGCCACGGGUUCCUCCUCGACCUCCGGGGGCGGCCCGGCCCAGUCGGAGGAUGUUCGAUGCCUCGGCAGCGCAGGGGGCCCAGGGGGCCACGCGGGCCGCGCUGGGGGGCUAUUCCCAAGCCUACGGGACCGUCUGCCUCUCGGCGCUGGGCUGCCUGCCCCUCCCCCCGGGACCUCGGCGCCUGAGCCGCCCUGCGGGUCUUCAAGCGGACCUCCCCGGUGCCCAGCCCCGCCCCAGUCCCUAGGUUGCCCCUCCUCCGGCAGGUUCCCGGGCCCAAGCCCCCGGUGCUCUCCACCUCCCUUUUCCCCAACGCACCCUCUCCUGGCCACAUUUAAGCCCCAGGCCGCUGAGGUUCACACCCAAUCUCUAUCACUUCCUCCAAUAAAGUUCUAUCUGUCCCCCA